GGAUGAGUAUAUACUCGGUCUCCACUAGACACGAAUAUGCUUUUGGAGCCGAAGUUGAGGAAUUUUACGCAAUUGCAAUGAAAGAAUUGCCAGAAGUCCGUUGGGUCAUUCCUGAUGCCUAUGUAGAUGUUGAGAAUGAGCUCUAUGGAGGUAUGAGACAUUGUGUUUCAUGUAUUAAAAAAAGAUACAUGUACAUAUGUAUCUUUGAAGCUCUAUGCGUGAAUGUUUGAUUACUUUGCUAUCUAAUAUGUUCUUUUAG